AUGGAUUUUUUGAACGAGGACGAUACUCGCUCGAUUGCUUCUUCGAAAAACACUCGUUUAAUUGGUAGAGGCACUAAUGCGGGGAAAUGUAAAAUCAAUCUAAUGGGUAGUCCUUUAAAACUUAAGCCUGCAUCUCAAGAAGGUGAACUGAACGAACUUGUAUCGGCUAAAAAUGCGCAAUCUGAACUGUUAGCAGUACAAAUUGCCCAACUAAUCGAUGAACUGGAAGCAAGCAGCACUUCAAACGGUUCUCAAAAGAUUGUUCAGCCAAGAGCAGGCAAAAGAAAGCACUCUCCAUCUCAUGACAACAAGCAUAAACGCACUCGAAAGAAUCGAGUGCCAGAAACACCAGACGAAAAGCUGAAGCGAUUGCGUAGAAGUUGCGAUGAUGAAGAGGUGAUUGAGGGUACACCACCCGGCAAAAUGAAUCGUGGAAGAAACGGAAGAGUUGAGCAAAGGGGCAACCUCUAUUUG